AUGGCGCGCCUAGGAGUCGCCGCUCUUCUCAUCGGCUCUUCAUCGGUUGCUGCCCUGACUAUCGAAUACUGUUCGAACCAGAAUACCGCUUCCACAAGCACAGAAAAUACCAACAUAUAUCAGUCAAAUGGAGCUUGUGAAACGCUGUGCAAUGCCGACUACGCCUUUGCAGUUCUCCAAGGCCAGAACUGCUGGUGCUCAAACUACAUUCCCGCGUCCACAGUAAAUGUCUCCGAGUGCGACACCAGCUGUCCAGGCUACCCGGCCGACCUGUGCGGAAACACCGACAAAGGCUAUUUCGGCUACAUCGCCAUGUCAAAUCACAAAGCAUCGGGAACAGCCACCGGCAGAAGCACAGCAACCGCUUCUGGUUCCUCUUCAACUACUUCUUCCGAGAGCAUGGCUACUGAAACAUCUACCGGACCCAAGACUGUCACCGUAACCGCGCUGGCUUCUACUGGCACGACUCUGGUUACGUCCAUGUCUUCUGGUACCUCUACUAUGUCAGGCAUGACGACCACGGCGGCUCCAACCAUUUCCGUUCAGACUAUCGCUGGUCAGCCCGUGACGAUUACAGUCCCGAAUUCACCUGCAGCUUCAACCUCUGGCUCGUCGGUGUCGACCGCGAAUAACGGCUCGUCGUUAAGCGGUGGAGCUAUUGCGGGUAUCGUUAUUGGCGCGCUUGUCGGUGUUGGAGCUCUAGCCGCUUUCAUUCUGUGGUGGUUCUUCUUUGGGCGCCGAGGAAACGAUGAACGCUCCGAGAAAACGGGCUCUCCAAAUGGAGGCGGCGACGGCAGUGUUACAGGCGGCACAAUCGAUACACGACGUCAAAGUCGAGGCUCACAAAUGAGCUUCAUGCGCACUUUCAUGGGUGAAGAAGUGUCGCCCACGUCGCCGAAUGACUACCUCAGCCCCAACCAGGCAUUUAUCGACAAUCGUAUGAAGAAGGAUGCAGUUUUGUAUCCCAAUGGGGAUCGACUUAGCGCGGUAUCUCUUCGUGAUGAAGAAGACUAUUCACGUCCUGUCUUGAGGCUCACGAAUCCAGAUUAA